CUCUCUCUCUCUCUCUCUCUCUCUCUCUCUCUCUCUCUCUCUCUAUUUAAAUCCUCCAGAAUCUUGAAACUUGCUUCGAAGCAUGAUGAGCCUGCAUACGUCAUUAAGUUCCCCCGCAAAGGAAUCUCGCUCGCGACGUCCGUACUCCAUUCAUGAAAGAGUCGUCGCAAGGUCAACUGUGUCGAUGGAAGUCGCAGGUGAUGAAUUAGGUUAUGUAUUACGACAUACGUGCGAGGUAUGCACUUGUAAACAUUAUAUUUGACGUAUGUUUUGCGUCGCGUAAGGUGUUAUCUCGAUACACGUACAUGUGUGCGUGCGUGCGUCUGUGCGUACGUGCGACUCGCGGAGGCUGCGUGUUUACACAAGCGCGUGCAUGCUGCCUAUUAUCCGAGGCCCGAGGAAGGGACGAUACCGGAGUAAGAACGCAUUUUUGGGAAUAAAUAUUUUUAAAUGUCUCCAAAAAUUCUUUAGUUGGUGAAUAUAUGUACCCGAAGGAUAAAAAAAAAAAACAGAAAUAUGGAUAGAGGAUAUGGUGCCACCUACGCGGGAGGUGAUAACCACCUACUCGAAUACUGGGAGGAGUAUCAGAAAAUGAUAGAGGAGACAAAAAUGCUGGAUGAUUAUUUAGACGAAGAGUGCAGCCCCCGAAGUUAUGACGAAGGAGAAGAGGAAGCUGAAUGGUUACGCGCAGCAGGUUUAGGGCAAUUAACAGAAGCGUGGAAAGCAGGCAGAGAGGUACAACCUGACGAAUUGGGAGCGGCUUUGCGUCCUUUGUCGCGGGUUCAAGCAGAAGCCGUGAAACGUCGCGUGAGAUCGCUUAAUCAUACAGUUAAGCAACGUUUUAAUCAGCGCCAACGCAUUCGCAAACCGGACAUUAGGGAUGUCUUCAAAGAUGUAGAGGUCUCCAGCACAGGUACACGAUCACGUAGCGCUACUCCUGAUUCUUUAGAUUCAAUUCAAGGCGCUACGCCAGAAAAUGCAUCACCUCCUUCACCCCCGACAGUCACUGUGAUCGAAGAUGCACACCAAAACGCUGGUGUUCCGAGUUUUGUUUCUAUAUUCCAUCGAACGUCACAUGAAGGAAAAGCGACGGUUCGUCGAACACCAAGUGUCCCCCCAACAGCUCUCAAUUCUAUGCCAGUGCCUGCCUCGACUUCUGUACCUGUACAAGAAAUUUUCAGGAGGACCGGCAAUUGGUCGAGAGGGGAUGUCGCAAAUGAUUCUGAAGGAAUUCAGUUGACUAGCUACCAUAGAUUGGGAACAAUACACAUUGCCAGACCAAUUCAGAGGCAUAAUAAUGGCGAUCUUAACGAUGUAACGAAUUUAGAUACCGAGUCAGUUAGAAAAUUAGUCGUGCCAAAGGAAUCGACUCUUCGACGAAGCCCAGGAAAUCACGCAGCAGUAACACGAAGUCACAGCAGUUUAUAUGGCUUGACCAGACCGGCGGAUGGAAAUUUAAUAGCUCGUCCAUUAAGUCGUACAUCAUCACACGGUCAUCUUAGUUUCGAGGAGAUGUGCAAAACCAACGAAGCCAAAUCUCAAAUGUGGUCUUCCGACAAUCUUAUGACCGAUGACGAUUAUGCUCGGCAAGAUGUAGAAUUAUUAUCGCAACGAGAUUUUACGAGAUUGCAGCCCCUUUUAUGGCUCGAGUUAACGGCGAUUUUCGAUAAAUAUAAUAUACCGCUUACGAGACGAAAACCCAAUAAACGACGGAGGAAAACUGGAAAUUUGUUUGGCGUUUCUUUAUCGACAUUGCUGCUCAGGGACAGUCAAUUAACAAGUGAAGAAAAUAACAUACCAUUAGUAUUUCAAAAGAUCCUUAAUGAACUGACAAAACGUGGAGUAAAAGAAGAAGGUAUUCUUCGUGUUGGGGGCCAUAAGCAAAAAGUGGAAAUAAUUUGUACGGAACUAGAAACAGAUUUUUAUUGUAAACCAAAAGAGAUGGAUAAGCUGUUUGAACGUACUCCGUGUCACGAUUUGUCGGCUGUUUUGAAAAAAUUGUUACGAGAUUUGCCACAACCUCUUCUUACUGUUGAGUUGAUCGAUGCUUUCUAUCAAAGUCACGGUGUCAAGAAUCCCAACGACUUGGUGUAUUCUCUUAAUCUGCUAGUGCUAUUAUUGCCUGUCGAACAUCGGUGUACCUUAGAGGCAUUACUGAAUUUCCUGAAGCUGGUUAUCGAAAAUCAGGCGUCGAACAAAAUGUCGAUACACAAUGUGGCAAUGAUAGUGGCACCGUCGCUCUUCCCACCCCGGUACGUUCAUCCUCGAGACCAUGCCGACCUGACCGCCCAGGUCAACAUGGCCGCCAUAUGUUGUCAAAUAACGGAGGCCCUGCUUAAUAACGUUGACAAGUUAUGGUACGUCUCGACGGAGCUUGUAAAUCAAUUACGAAGACAAUCCGAGGUGGAAAGAUAUCGCAAAUACAAGAAAAAAUAUUACUGAUUAUCAUAACUUGUUAUCAUAAUCACGUAUACAUAAUUUCUGUUACUUUUAUAUUAAUACGUUGCAACAUAUUAACAGAUCAAAUAUUGUAAGAGUUCUCUAGGAGAUUCUCUUUGCACAUGUAAUAUUUUGAAUAAUGAUAGUGCCCUGCAUAUCAUGAAAUAUGUAGUGUAUUUUUUAAUAUAAAUUUUAAGAUAUGUAA